AUGCGGAUACCAUGCCGAGCCACAAUAGGUGCAGUGAUUGUGGCCGUAUCAGCCGUAGCGAGUUUCGAUGAUGAAUGUGACAGAAGUGGCGGCAACCUCUUACAGUCUUUUGCCCAGGCUCGCAGAGCAGAAAAGUAUGCUUGGCAAUCCGGUCGAGGGAAUUUCCCCAACUUUGCCGUCGCAGAAGCCAAUGGCCCUUUCAAUCUAAGUGAGACUCUGAGUUGGUCUUGGCAUCAUCCUAAAGGACGUUUUCAUACGUUGACAUGGGGGACUGUUCUUGAUCAUCAGCUGAAUGUCUACCUCUCCGCAGCGGAUGGUUUGCGCAAGUUUGACGUAGAUGGACAGUUGCUUUGGGAGCACCACACCCUGCCAGCCAUCCUUAUGAACGCACCUGCCAUUUAUCAAGGAUCCAUUUUUGCCAGUGACACACUCGGUGGUGUGCGUGCAUUGAGCAUGAGCACAGGCAAACUGCUAUGGCAUUCCAAUUUGUCGAUGCCCAUCGGAGAAGACAAUGGUUUUACCAUGGUGCAUGAGGGAGUUGUUUUCACAGCAGCUGGUUGGCGCGAUCCUUCUCCGAUGGGGCCCGCAAACCACAUGGUGAAAGCCCUCAAUGCGAGUGAUGGGCAGAUUCUGUGGACCUACGAGCCUGAUGCUCCAGUCUGGAACUUUUUGCCAUUGUUUCCGGAUCGCGACACCUUCGUCUUUCAAGACAUGACUGGCAGAGUUUAUCGUCUGAGUUUGCAAGGCAAACUUCUUUGGAAAGCCGGUGGCAAGCCAGGUACAUGGACAGAUGGAGGAGCUGCACUGGGCAAUGGCAUGGUCUACGCGGUGAACAACAACAACCCUCCAAAACAGUUGAUGUUCCAUUCCGAACACAGCCCUGGAACACUGAGCGCCUACGAUCUCAAUGGUACAUUGAAAUGGAAAAUAACCACACCGCGGCCACCGAACAAUGCCCCUGCCAUUGGCAAAGUCCAAGGCUGGAGCGGCUUGUCCGUGAUCUUGCCAAUUUGCAAACAAGUCAUGCAAGGAGCAACUUGUGAGGUCCAGGCUUACGAUGCCAACACUGGUGGCCUUCGUUGGGUGUUCCAUGGGCCUAAACAGACAGGACCUCUCCAAGCAGGAGAUUUUGAAGGAAUGGUAGAUAGAACCACCAGCGGCGUGCGCCCUGCUUGUCUUCCAAAUGGUUGGAGUGCUCCAAGCAUCAGUUCUGAUGGAACCGUUUUUGUGGGCAAUGAGAAUGGGCCCAUGUUUGCUUUGAGGGAUGCGGAUGGAGAUGGUCGAGUUGUUGGCAAUGACGAAGUUUCCUCCUUUGAUGCCAAAGCAUCCACACUGCCUGGCUGUGAGGGGCUUUUGUUGCGGCUGCCGCAGCUGCUUGCGGACGCGAGGCCCUACGAGAGUCAUCAAUGGGCGCAACAGGUGGCAAUGUCGCUGAAGGCUGAUGGGCAGUCGGAGCAAUUGCGGAGCCAGCGGACUCUGAGUGCGCAACGUGCGGAGCAAUUGAGAGCACAACUUCGGGAUCAGCCAGCGCCAACUACGCCCGCAGCUGCAGAGGAGCGCUGCCGAUCGUCCGCAGAUGCAGUCCGGAACUACCUAGCUUUUCGUGUCUCUUUGGAUGAGGCUGCAAGCAGACUGAAAAGCCUCAGAGAGGAAAGGCACCAGACCUUGCGGAAGGCGCAGCAAAGCCUCGCAGAUGUGGAAUCGGCUGCCCAAAAGCGAGCUCAAUCAGCAGAUGAGCGCCGUGAGGCGAUCCUCCAAGAACGUGACGCCAGACUUGAAGCACCGAAGCAAGCCGCACGAGAUGCAGAGAACAACCCAAAGCAGGUUGAUGCAGAAAAGCAGAUUCUCGACUUGGAGGAGCAGAGACGCCUGCUGCUACAAGAGCUUGAGGAGACGUCCCAGCAGCUGGGGAAGGAGCGGCAGGACCGUAUGGCUUUGCUACAGCAGAGGGAGCAGUGGGCGGCACAGCACCGCCAGAAGACGGAGGAAUUGGAAAAAGAGCUGCAGGAUCUCCGGCCAGUGAAGUUCUACAAGGUGCUGGCGCCAAAGGCUGCCAGCAUGACAGAAGGCGAGAUACAGGGAGCGCUGCGUCGCACCACAGAGCGUUUAAAGACGCUUGCGAAGCAGUUCCAAUCUGCUGGAGCAGAAGGCCUCAUGCAGAAGCGUCAUGAAUUGCAACAGCAGCAGCAGAAGCUUGACGCCGAGGCCUUUGAAGCCUUGCAGCAGCAUUCGCGUUUGGAGCUCCAGCACCUGGAUCAAGCUGGGACAAAAAUUGCAAGCUGCGUGGCGAGUCUUUUGGAUGUCGCCCGCGCCCGGGCUGAUCUCAUGGCUCGUGGCUUGUCGCCGGAGCUGGAGGAUAUUUAUUCGAUCGCUGCUGCGCCAAGGCGCCAGGACAUGCAGGAACUUCGGGGGGCUCUAAAUUCGGUCGAGGUGGCCUGGCAGGAGGCAACUAGCUUCUGGGAUCCAUCAAAUGAAGGGCCGCAGAAGGUCAAGGACCUCUCUGCUGGUGUGCUUCUACAGCUCGAGGCAGCGCAGAAACGCAUCAGCCAGAGCCUGCAGCAGCUUCAAAGAGCAGAUCCUGACCUUUACGAGCUGGCGCUCAUGGGUGAAGAGGACCUUGGCCAAAUGACUUCGGAGCAGCGCCUGCCGCAUGGUUGGGAGGCUCUUGCCACGGAAGAAGGCAUUGUCUACUACCACAAUCUUGUUUCAGGCUUAACCCAAUGGGAGGUUCCUUCGCAGGACGCAGCAGUCUGUGCUGGCUGGCGCCUCUUCCAGGCAGAGGAUGGAGGUUGGUUCUACCACAACCCCUACGAUGGAAACGGCGUUUGGUGGCCAGAACUACCCACAUAUCCUGUGGAGCCUGACUCUUUGGAAAGCCUCCGCAAGGAAGCUGCGGAAGGCUGA